ACUCUCUCCAUGGCACAAACUGACUGCUGUAUCUGUCAUUACAGCAGCAUCACAACAUGCUUUUACUUAAUCAGCAACAUAGCAUCAUAACGUAGCAGUUAGCUGUCACACACUUUGUUAUUAACAGCUGUAUGACAUCCCGACUUAGCGGUUAGCUAGUCAGACCAUCAUCAAGGAACAGGAAGGGAGCUGGACCCUUCUUUACACUUUGAAAUCACGAAAAUGCAUGUAUAUCCAUCUGGUUAUAAUUGAGAACAAUUUAUUGACUUAUUUUUGUCGUAUCUUGUCGCGUAUGCUUAACUGACAGCUCCUCUAAAUGUCGCGCACCUCUUAAUGCGCAUGCGUACUCACUGCACGUCCACCAUGAUGGAUGUGAAAACCUCCUUGUGCGCUGUUGUAAAUGCCGUAAAAAAAAACUUUACACGUAUCCUAAUAUCGCUUUUAUUUAGUUGAUAUCGCAGUAAAAAUGGUCUCAGGUUGCUGUGCGGUCGRCUGCACAAACAGACAAGGGUGAAAACCAAACUUGUCAUUUUAUUAGUAACUUUUAACGAGGAAUGGUGCGKCGACGUUGGACAGCAGCCCUCGGUGUAAUGGCGGGUUUGCAGCGAACACUUUUUACAAGAUGGCUGUCCUGAACGCUGAACUCAAACAGAUGCUGGACAACAAAGAGAGACAAUGUCCAACCAAGAUCAACAGACUGAGUCACACAGAGGACAUGCAGGUGACGUCACAGCAACCCCCGGCUGCAGCAGGUUGGACCUGUUGCAGCCUGCCGCCUCCUCGUGAUGCAGCGUUUUGGUUAGAGGACGGCGAUGUGUUCCCUGCACGGUCCGAACCAGGUCACGUUGCUGCUGAGCGCCGCCCGGCGCUGACGCCUCCCGCAGGAAUGUGUGGCGGCAGCGCAGGUGAGUCGGAAGUGGAAAAACUAGGCCAGAUUAUUUCCCUGAAGCGGCUUUUUAACGUUCCCGGGAAAAGCGAGAGCUGCAGUCCGGUCUGGGAUCGCUCUGCUGGUGCGCUGGCGGGAAAAGGAACUGGAGAAGGUCGAGUUUCUGGUGGACCCUUGUCACACUUCAGCGGAGCGUUUCCAAGAACCGAGCAGCAGAAAGAAACGCUGCCGCCGCCGCCGCAGGGCAGAGACUCUCUGUUCUCUGAGUUCAGUAAACAAGAAGUCACACAAGCUGAACGACCUCAGAGGAAGGUCAAGGUCAAAGAACGAAGUGAUGAAACAAUGAAGAACCUCAGGAGAACAGCUGACAGGGAGACAGAGAAACAUUACAAAUCUACAUUUAGAGUCUUUAAAGCUGCUCUUUGUAAAAUGUUUCAUAAAUAAUGUUUUGUUUUACGUAUUUAUUCAAACUGUCAGUAAAACAUCGAGCUCCUCUACUAGCGAUGCACCGAUCCACUUUCCACUACCGAUAUCUGAGCCGAUAUGAUUCAGAGAAACAGCUGAACUGACUUAAAACGUUUCUCUACAUUUAAAUAAAUGUUAAACACGAAUGAAAACUCUGAACUCACUGAAACAACCAGCAGUUUAACUUUAAUCUGUUAAAACAAGCAACAAUCAAACUGAAACUGUGAAUUUUUUACCUGUAAUGUGAAAUAAAGCACGACGUCACUCAGA